AUGGACCCUAAGGUGCUUUGGUUUGCACAGCAAUCUGGAAGGAGUAGAAAGAGAAGACACUCUUUCACAGUACCAACUGAUCCAUUUUUCAAUCAGCAGUGGUACCUGAGUGAGGCCUUUGAUCAGAAUGUGGUGGCUGCAUGGGCUCGAGGCUACACAGGAAAAGGGGUGGUGGUGUCCAUCUUAGACGAUGGCCUAGAUACAAGCCACCCAGACAUUGCUGAAAAUUAUGAUCCACAGGCUAGCUAUGACAUGAACGAUAAUGACCCCAACCCAGACACCCAAUACACUCUGACCAGACCAAAGAGGCAUGGAACACGGUGUGCUGGGGUGGUGGCAGCAGUGGCAAAUAAUGGGGUGUGUGGGGUUGGAGUGGCAUAUCAGGCCAAGAUCGGAGGAGUUCGGAUGUUGGAUGGACAAGUGACUGACCUGAUAGAAGCCAUGUCCUUAAAUUUGAAUCAGCAACACAUUGACAUCUACAGCUCCAGCUGGGGACCUGAAGAUUUGGGGACGAAUUUGGAGGGGCCAAACACAUUGGCCCAAGAAGCCUUUAUCAGAGGCAUUACCAAUGGCCGAGGUGGCUUGGGUUCCAUUUACGUCUGGGCUUCAGGCAAUGGGGGUGCCAGCUUUGACAACUGCAACUGCGAUGGCUACACCAACAGCAUUUACACGUUGUCUGUUGGUAGUACCACUGAGAGGGGAACACUGCCCUUCUACAGUGAACCCUGCUCGGCCAUUCUAACAACGACCUACAGUGGUGGCAGCUUUCAUCACCGCAGUAUUGUCACCACCGACCUGCAUCAAUCCUGCACCUCAGACCAUACUGGGACCUCUGCCUCUGCCCCUCUGGCUGCUGGGAUCAUUGCACUGGCUCUGGAGGCAAACCCGACACUCAACUGGCGUGAUGUGCAACACCUCGUGGUGCGAGCAUCUAGACCGGUAGAUCUUCGAACGCAUGAUUGGCGGACCAAUGGUGUUGGAAGACGUGUCAGCCAUUACUAUGGAUAUGGGCUACUGGAUGCAGGGAGACUGGUGGAGUUGGCCAGUAAAUGGAAAGCAGUCAAACCUAAAAGGAAAUGCACCAUUGACCUCAUUACCAGAGCCAUGUAAGGAAAACAC